AGGGGCCGACGCCGCUGCGUGGGCCGGCGCCGUGAUGGCGGCGGGCCUGUGAAGAGGGCCCGGCCGCCUUGGGCAGGCCGCAGGCCUGGCGCAGUCCCGGAUCCUCACGGCUUGUCGAAAGGAGGGAGGAGCAGAUGGCCGCUUGCUGCGGGUCCGUGCUUCCCGAGGGCUUUUCCGCACCUACUGAGUCGUCAGCGAGCGAACUCGAUUUCAUUGUGGUAGGAGCGACGCGUGAAGCUCCGCGCCUCGCAGGUGUCAAUACAGAUCUCGCAUCCAUUGUGCUCCUUGAUAAUGAGUAAAUAACGCGCGGAUGGGUCGUUCGUAAGUCUUUCGCAGUAUAUUUGACAGUUUCAGUGGUGAUCAGUUCCACCCACCCACCCCGUGUUCAUUUCCUUUUGUGAUUCUUCUCCCCAUUUUAUUUUUCUAGAACUAAAAAUAUCUUACAGCAGUUACGCUGUCAUUUUAAUCUUUCAAAUCUCUGUUGUUCCCAAAAUGAGCGCUGUUACCAAAGUGGCUGUUCUUGCCGUGUUUUAAGGCAUACAGUUACGUAAGGCUGUCCUUCCUCUACGAGGGCCUGCCGUUCCCUUAAUACCCACGGCUGGCCUGGCCAGUGUUUGUGCGGUAAGGGUGCGCCAGGGAAGCCGUGUGUUGGAACACUGGGCACUCCGCGAGGGAGCUGAACCAGCCCCCUGAACUGGAUUUCCCUGUGGGCAUCAAAAUGCACGGGUGAGCACAAAGGAGAGAAUAGCUACAAAGGGCGCAGUGUAGGCUCUUCCGAGGUUCGGGGUUGAGGCCAGUCUAAGUGCUGUUGCAGUUCAAGCCCUCGCCCCAUAAAAAGCCCAGUAGCCAGGCUUCCAAAACUCCGGCACUUCUCUGAGGGCACGCAUCACCCUUAAGAUGAGUGGCUGCCGUGUCUUUGUUGGACACUUGAGCUCACGAGCUCGUGAACGGGAUGUAGAGAAGUUCUUCAAGGGAUAUGGUCGCAUACGAGAAAUCCAUCUGAAAAAUGGAUUUGGUUUUGUGGAAUUUGAAGACCACAGGGAUGCUGAUGAUGCAAUUUAUGAACUAAAUGGUAAAGAGCUGUGUGAUGAAAGGGUCACAAUUGAACAUGCUCGAGCCCGAAGAGGAAGGGGAAGAUUCUCACAACGGUUCAGUUACUACCAGUCGCAGAGUGGAUCUAGCCGGUAUGGGCCUCCUGUUCGUACUGAACACAGGAUCAUUGUUGAAAACCUUUCAUCCCGUAUCAGCUGGCAGGACUUGAAAGAUGUCAUGAGAAAGGCAGGGGAGGUCACCUAUGUGGAUGCACACAGAAACAACAGGAAUGAAGGGGUUGUGGAGUUUGCAUCUUACAGUGACAUGAAGAGUGCUCUGGAAAAACUGGAUGGCACUGAGCUGAAUGGACGCAGAAUUAAACUGACUGAAGACCACAGAAGGCAUAGAAGCAGAUCUCGAUCAAGGAGUUACUCAAGAUCUCGCAGCAGGUCCAGGUCUACAGGAUCGUCCAGAUCGGACAGCCGGUCCCGCUCCCGCUCCAGGUCCCGCUCCAGGUCCAGGUCUCGCUCUCGAUCCCGCUCUCGCUCUCGAUCCCGCUCUCGUUCUCGCAGUCGUACUCCUAAAAAGAGUUACUCCCACAAAAGCCACCGCUCCAGCUUGAUAGCUUCUUCCCCCUCUCCCUCUUCUUCUAAAAGAAAAUCUCGUUCUAGGUCGAGCUCUGCUCACAGCCGUAGUUAACCUGCUUUGAGAGAUGUAUUAAUUAAUUUGAUUCAAGUUUCUUCAAGACUUGAGACAAGUUAUAUGUGAGAUCUGGGAGGGGAAGAGUUAACAUGAUGAAAGGGUGACCUCCUCUUACAUUGCCAAAGUGCCUGUCAUCAAAUAGGCCAUCUCUGUGAGGAGGGGCUGGCUGUCAGCUUUCUUCUUUCAGUGAAGUCUGGAGUGGGAAGUCUUUUUUAUUUUUUCCCCUGCUAUUAGUAAACAUUUCUAUCAUAGAUAUAUUAUGUACACGUAAUGCUGAGGUAAUGGGAUGAGACAAUACGCUGCUUUCUCCCUCUCUUGCCCCUACUUUCCCCUCCACCUCCAAGGCCUUUGACUUCCAAAAUACUAUGUUAGCUUUUGUCCUUGGUAUUAAGUCUGAGAACAGGAAGUAUAGAUUUAAUUCCUUUAAGGUUCUGUGGCUACUUUUCUGUGCGAGAAUGAAUGGACCAGAUAAAAUUAGUUUAGAGUUCCCCUUUUUCCCUGUUGCUUGGCUUAACAGGCUGUUUAAGUUCCAGCUUUACAUGACCUUGACAAUAUGCUUAAUUUGCAAAAGACUUUCAGGAAUACACAUUGGUUAGUUGAAUAUUGCUCACUUGGAUAAUGGAUUAAUACAAUGUUAAGCAGUAAUGAAAGCUGGAAUUUUCUGUUAAAAUGAGACAUACCAUCCAGAUGUCAGGUUUAUUGGGAAUCCAUUAUAAUAAUUUUACAGUAAUUCACUAGUAUGUGGUAUUGUAUGUAUAGGCCUUAUUUGACAGGUGACUUCAUAAAACUGCACAGAAAUGUCAAUAUGCAUGUCCAUGUUUUUGAUGUUUAUUAAAGUGACAUAGCUUUCAUACCCAAAAGUGUGAUACUGAAUAACAUGUGUAUGACUAGCAAUAGUCUUGAUGGAAAGGAAGGUUAUUUUAGUAAUGAGAGCAGCAAAAAAAAUUCCCAGGAAAAGUGUAGUCUAAAUCUCCGGAAUGCACACUUGUUUUGAUUAAUAGAAAUUUCCACUGCAAAUACUGUUGUUCUUACAAUUUGGAAUUAGAUAUUUUUUUUUAACUUCUGUAUUGUCAAAGAAGGGAAACAUUUUUGGAAGAAAUAUGUAAAUUAAUCCCAAAGUCUUACAUGUAUUUAAAUGUACCAUUCCUAAUAAAAUCAAUCCUUUUUCUGGCUUA